AGUCUUGCACAGGUGUAUUGGCUCCUCCCCUUUUGUCUUGCACAUGUGUAUUGGCUCCUCCACUUCUGUGUUGCACAGGUGUACUGGCUCCUCCCCUUCAGUCUUGCACAGGUGUAAUGGCUGCUCCCCGUCAGUCUUGCACAGGUGUACUGGCUCCUCCCCUUUAGUCUUGCAUAGGUGUACCAGCUCCUCCCCUUCAGUCUUGCACAGGUGUACUGGCUCCUCCCCUUCUUUCUUGCACAGGUGUACAGGCUCCUCCCCUUCUGUCUUGCACAGGUGUACCAGCUCCUCCCCUUCAGUCUUGCACAGGUGUACAGGCUCCUCCCCUUCUGUCUUGCACAGGUGUACCAGCUCCUCCCCUUCAGUCUUGCACAGGUGUACUGUCUCCUCCCCUUCAGUCUUGCACAGGUGUACCGGCUCCUCCCCUUCAGUCUUGCACAGGUGUACCAGCUCCUCCCCUUCAGUCUUGCACAGGUGUACCAGCUCCUCCCCUUCAGUCUUUCACAGGUGUAUUGGCUCCUCCCCUUCAGUCUUGCACAGGUGUACCAGCUCCUCCCCUUCUGUCUUGCACAGGUGUACCGGCUCCUCCCCUUCUGUCUUGCACAGGUGUACCAGCUCCUCCCCUUCAGUCUUGCACAGGUGUACCAGCUCCUCCCCUUCAGUCUUGCACAGGUGUGGCCCCUCCCCUUCAGUCUUGCACAGGUGUAGCGGCUCCUCCCCUUCAGUCUUGCACAGGUUUACCUGUUCCUCCCCUUCAGUCUGGCACAGUUGUACCGGCUCCUCCCCUUCAGACUUGCGCAGGUGUACAGGCUCCUCCCCUUCAGUCUGGCACAGUUAUACCAGCACCUCCCCUUCAGGCUUGCACACAUGUGUGCUCGUAUGUAUG